GGGCCAGUCCAAGCCAAGUUUGAAAAGAUCCAGUCUGGGAGUCUUCCACCCAAAAUUACCCAUGUGUCAUCUGAGGCAUCACCACAGGAUAGAUUUAUUGUCUAUGCAAAGCUGGAGACCAGAGAUCUGUCCUUUGUGGUGUUUGCAAGUCAACAGACACAUGAGGGGGUUAAGCUGACUAAUGUAACAGCCAGUGUCCUCCGACUAAAGGGAACGCUGCGAGUCCAAGCAUACACAGAAGGUGCAGAUGUCAAGGUCAGCUUCAACUUUGAAGGCAAGCCGGAGAUAAAGGUUGAGGUCAAGCCAUUGAACUCUUACCAGGAAGCGAGUGAGCUUGUUGAUCUUGGUGCUUUGGAAGCCAAUGUUCGCAACUCCAUCAUCCUGGCCAAAACAACCUUCGUGGUGACCCACCUGCUCAUGCCUGGCGACCUGCAGACUGCUGAGCAUGACCGGAAACAAGAACAGGAACGAGAACUCAACUUCCAGAAUGCUUACCUCCCAUCACGAGACAUACAGAAGCAACAGAAGCAGACGCUCAGACAGCAGAACACAGCACCCCAGCCUUCUUUUCAGCAGAAGCAGCAGCUGCAGUUAGAUCAGGAGAUUCAAGUGGCUUCCGUAGCUCCUACUACCAACACGGCCCCACCCAUUCACAGCAUCUCUGUGCAGAAUGAGCCAAGCAUCCCGGUGCGCCCCAUCAAUAACCGCCUACAGCAAGAACAGCAGCAGCUGCUGCAGAAGCAGAUCCAACAAGUUCCACGAAGAGACCAGCAGAAAGUGCGGCCUCAGGCUCGCCCAGAAGGAUUGUUUGAGCCAGUGGAAACAGCAUAUCAACAAAGCUCUCUGUUCUCUACACCAUCAAAGCCUCCCCGCAUGAUUGGAGAUAAACGACUUCUGGUCAAAGUCAUCAAGGCUAACGGAUUGACUGUGAAAGAAAUUGGAGGAGCUAACUGUGUAUGUAUGAUUUCCACUGAUGAACCAAUACAGGGAUACUCCACCAGCAUUGUCAAGAACACGCAGAACCCAUUUUGGGAUGAACACUUCCUGUUUGACAUCACACACGAUACACAAGAGGUCAGAGUUGAGAUCUAUGACAAGGAUCAGUUUAUUGGGGAAGCCAUUGUCUACGUUGAGGAUCUCCGCAAAACUCCUAGCAGUCGCCAGAUUUUAAGACUACACCCCCAGCCUGGCAACUUUGAGUAUAACUCUGGAACUGUUACAGCUGAGUUUCUGUUCAUGGAUCCUUCAGAAGCUGACUUACUUCUUGACUCAAUGACAACCACUGCAAACAAUCAGCUGUCACCACGUGGCACCGUGGUAACAAAAACAACCACAACAACACAACGCCCCCAAUAUGGCCGCCAUGAUCCUGGUUUUGAUAGCUUGCCAACCUACAUAGAGAAAAACAUCGCUGAUGAGGCACCCAGACUGUCUUUUACAGAUAGUCCUGCUAAUGUGUCGUCUGGUAUGCAACAACAGCUGAUCCCAACAAUAGAGAGUUCCCCAGCGGAAGACACUUCUGAGUCACCACAAGCCAGUCAGCAACAGCCCACAAAUGUGAAAGAUAAGAAGAAAGGUGGUUUUGGCAGUGCAAUUCUGAAAAGAUUUGGCCGUAAGAAACGUGCACAUAGUGCCGACCGCGCCACAUCAAGUAUGCGGGAAGGGGAUUACCUGCGUCCCCCAGAGCCCUCUUAUGGACCUCAGUCUAAAGAUGAUUUGGAGCUUGUGAGGCUGCAGGCACAGGAAGGCUCUACCUCCCCCAACCUGAAGAAGUCAAGAACCCUAGGUGGAAGCCUGAAGAAAUUGUUCAGACGGAGCAGAAAACAAUCAAAAUCACGAGCAGACUCCCGAGAAAGCUCUCUUUCCCGGGGCUCUCGCUCAAAGGGCCCCUCCAGAGACAACUCCCUAUCACGACAAAGUCAGAGGGAAUCUGAGCAAAGAGAAUCAUCAAUCUCCUGA